CCGUUAUAAUGUCCCGCUCCCCUUUUCCUCCCUCCCUCAGCGUUGCUCGUUCUCCCACUCUCUUUUACUGAUCCAGCCAUUCUUUUCUGGUUCUUCACGCUCGCUACUUCCAUAUUGCAGCUCUUGCUUUUUGCGCUCGUCGCUAUCACUCCUUAAUCUAAUUCUCACUUCCUCCACAAGAACAGGACUCUUCCGGGUGAGGAGUCGUCCGGUCAUUUUCACAGAUCGCAAUCUUACAUCUCCAACGACAACAUGCUGCCGACAUACGGUCGCGUCCUGGCUGCGGUGUGCGCCCUGGCCACCACCGCUACGGCCGUGGUCCCCGUCGAGGUCAAGGGCCGCGAUUUCGUCAACAGUAAAACUGGAGACCGUUUCCAGGUGAUGGGCGUCGAUUACCAACCCGGCGGUACUUCGGGCUUCACCAAGUCCAAGGAUCCCCUGAGCGAUCCCAAGAGCUGCCUGCGUGAUGCCGCUCUCAUGCAGCGUCUGGGUAUCAACACCAUCCGCAUCUACAACCUCUCCCCCGAGGCCGAUCAUGACGAAUGCGUGUCCAUCUUCAACGCCGCCGGUAUCUACAUGAUCCUCGAUGUCAACUCCCCGCUGCAGGGUGGCUCCCUCGAUCGCACCGACCCCGAGGGUACCUACAACGCCGGCUACUUCGAACAGGUGUUCGGCAUCGUCGAGGCCUUCAAGGAUUUCCCCAACCUCCUCGGCUUCUUCGCCGGCAACGAGGUCAUCAACGAGCAGAGCGUCAAGAAGGUCCCCGCCUACAUUCGCGCCAUCCAGCGUGACAUCAAGGACUAUAUCAAGGAGCAGGUCGGUCGCAACAUCCCCGUCGGCUACUCCGCCGCCGACGUGCGUCCCAUCCUGGUCGACACCGUGAACUACAUGAUGUGCGAGGACAAGGACGAGCCCAGCGCCAGCUCCGACUUCUUCGGCCUCAACUCCUACUCGUGGUGCGGCGAUGCCACCUUCAAGAAGGCCGGCUACGACAUCCUGACCGAGGACUUCUCCAAGUCGUCCAUCCCCGUCUUCUUCUCCGAGUACGGCUGCAACGCCGUCAAGCCCCGCAAGUUCAGCGAGGUCCAGGCCAUCUACGGCGACGAGAUGUCCCAGUCCUUCUCGGGCGGUCUGGUCUACGAGUACACCAUGGAGGACAACGAGUACGGCCUGGUCAAGAUCAAGGACAACGGCGACGCCACCCUGCUGGUCGACUUCGACAACCUGAUGGACCAGUACGCCAAGCUGGACAUGAAGAAGAUCGAGACGGCCAAGGAGUCGCAGACCGGCGCCAAGGCCCCCAAGUGCGGCGAGGGUCUCAUCAAGAACGGCACCUUCCUCAGCACCUUCGACCUGCCCAAGCGCCCCUCCAAGGUCCAGGACAUGAUCGACAACGGCCUCAAGGACGCCAAGACCGGCAAGCUCGUCGACGUCUCCUCCGCCCCGGUCGAGCAGACCAUCUUCGACCACACCGGCAAGGAGGUCAAGGGCAUCAGCCUGAAGGCCCUCGCCGAGGGCGAGUCCAACGCCCCUGGCAAGCACACCUCCGGCAAGGCCGACGCCUCGGGCGAGAAGGACGAGGAGAGCGCCGCGGUGGCGAUGUCCGCCUCCGUCUGGGGUCUGGUCUCUGCUGCUGCCCUGGCCACUCUUCUGCUGUAAUUAAUUUUCGCUUAUACCUAGAUCUUGUGGAUCCGUCGAUAAUACCUCGCUCUUGUGAAUGAACUGUUGUCUGGAUGGACAACAUGUCCCGCACCUAAGCGCCUGCUAUUAGUAUAGUACUCAUGUGUUAUAUAUCCAUUGAAGCAUUGCAUUUCUCUAUC